GCCGCAAACCAGAACCACCACCACCACCACCACCAUCAGCAGCCCGCGCCAGCCCCGCAGCCCGCGCCACCCCCACCUGGCUGCAUCGUGUGCACUUCCUGCGGGUGCAGUGGCAGCUGUGGCUCAAGCGGCCUGACUGUCAGCUACGCUAACUACUUCCAGCACCCGUUCUCUGGGCCAUCGGUGUUUACCUUCCCCUUCCUGCCCUUCAGCCCCAUGUGCAGCAAUGGCUACGUCAGCGCCCAGCAGUACGGCGGUGGCUCCGCCUUCCCUGUCGGACACACCCCCUACAACAGCAGCGUCACCCCUGACCCGGUCCUGGGUGGCCCGUCCACGUUCGCGGUGCCACCCAUGCAGAACUUCAUGGCAGGGACAGCAGGAGUGUACCAAACCCAAGGCUUGGUUGGCAGUAGCAACGGCUCCAGCCACAAAAAGAGUGGCAAUCUGUCUUGUUACAACUGUGGGGCUACCGGUCACCGCGCUCAGGACUGCAAACAGCCGUCCAUGGACUUCAACCGGCAAGGUACUUUUAGGUUGAAAUAUGCCCCUCCAGCAGAGAGUCUGGACUCCACAGAUUGAUGCUUUUCUCUGGCGACAGAACAUUAAGCCAUGGAGACUAAGGAAAAUCAAAUACAAAACUGAGACGUCUAGUUGCUGUUGAGCUUAAUAUUUUUAAUCCAAAGGUGCUUUACUUUACUAGACUGGAUAGAAACCUAGCGUAGACGUGUUAUCAGACUCGAAUUUAUUGCCAAAAUCCUAGGCUGGAGCUUGAUGUCAGGACUGCCUAGCGGAUACCUCCAAGACUGGGGAGACAGGCACUCUGCACCCUCGAGUGCGGUGCGGAGACCUCCCUGAGGCUCCCGCCGAGCAUUGUCGUUGGUCCUUCCAGGCUCACACGUGAUUCCAGGGCAGCUACGCGUGAUCAUCGGAAUCGAGAACUGAAGGCUGGAGUUCCUCCGUUAGACUCGGGACACCCCUGGGCUAGGGAAGAUGUCGACUUGCUUUGUUCCGUUUUCUUCCUGAAGUGAUUAGGCACUAAUCUCUGGGAUUUUUAAGGAUUGCACUACCGAAGAAUGUAACCUGAUGUGGAUCUCUGCAGUUCUGGGAGACACGCUCCUCUGAUAAACCCGUCAGUGCAAGAGACUCAAACGAACCACAUUUAAAGAGUCGGCACCAGCAGGCUGCUCGAUGGAGCAUGCCACAGGGGUCUUAGCACUUCCCGCCUCGUUCAGACACUCGUAGCGGUUUCAGGUUUUUCAUUGUUUUCCUGCAAAUAAAUUUAAACUACAUCGUAAAAUAGAAAUAGUUUACUCGCAACAACUUAAUUUCUAAGGGUCCAAGUCCCAGAGAACCCAUAGUCGUCAAAACUUUGAGAAUCCUUUCCUUCCCAGCUGUUCAGGGGCUUUGAGUCCUGAGAUCUUCCACCACAGACACUUGUAGCCAGGGCUGCGGCAGCGAGCUGGCUGCGGGAGGCUUCCAGUCCUUAGCGGUGUGUGCAAGGCUUUCUCGCGGGCUCCCCAGGACUCCAGCCCCAAGGCUUCCUACUAGUGGAGUCACAGUCGAGACAGACAUUUCAACAAUAAUGCAUUUCUAUCACUUAUGAGCAAAGAUCUGGAAUUUCCUCCCUCAGCUUCUGUAUUCGGCUGUGUAUUGAUAGUUAAUUCCGUUAAAAAUUACCUGGAAAACUUCAGUAGAAGGUGGUAAGACUCUAAAAGAGGCCAUACAGACAAGACAGAGCUGCAGGAUCUGUAGACGUUUGCUUUUUUUUUUUUUUAGGGAAAAGUCCUCACUGAUGUCUAAAUUUCAACCCAUUGGUAUGAAAGUAUUUUGGUCUGAAAUUUAGGGACUUGAAUAUUCAAGGUUAAAGGGAAUUUUCUGCUUAAAUAUUUAAAACACUAGAGCUUUCAAUAUUAAAAUAUUGAUUGUUAAAAGUCUUGCCAGGGAUUUUCCAGUUGAAUAUUUAUUUACAAAAGAGAAAAUGACAAUAUUCAGACCAUUCUUAAAAAUGGGACAAUCAGCCUUGUGCAAAAUUGGUAUAAAUCAAAAGAUACCCUAGUUUGAGGCAUUGUGAUGUGAAGCUUCACGUUUUGAGAUCAGUUUCCUGACCUUGUGGAAGCAAAAGCAGAAGGUUGGUGCAUUUUAAUGAAAGGCUUUGAGUAGAAUGUGUUCGUUUUCCUUUAGUGGUUUUAUUUCUAUGCAACGCAGAAUUGCCAGACCUCUGUCUUCUCCUCUCUUCAUGGUACACAGUGUGGCAUGCAGUUCCACGGUCUCGCGAUGCUACUGCACAGCUGUAAGGGGACUGUUACAUGGACCUCUUCCAUAAGAAACACUACAAAAUGUCAGAAUAUCAAGAACUGACACAAUUUUGCCUUAAAGAGUACCGGACUGGAACUUGUAUUAUGUUAAAGGAAGACUUAAGAGUGUUCAUUGCUGUUUACGAUUUUCCUAUCUCUGAAGGCCAUCACAGAGGCCUGGGUAUGUGCUGAAAGCCAAACUUUUCAAUUUUUUGGUUUUUUUUUUUAAACAAAGAAAUAUUUUAAAUAAAUCCUAUUUCAACACAGUGAAAACGCUGAAAACUGUCUCAUAGCAAAAGAAAGAAGUCAUAUUUAAGUUUUUUUGUUUUAGUGGUCAGAGGGGAAUGAAAGUGUCUGUUGUUACCCUUGUAAUUAUUUUGAUAACUAUUAGAGGUCAACCUUAAAUAUGACAAAAACUUAGAACAGAAACUUCGAUUUGAAGCACGACAUUCCAAGUUGAGGUUAGAAAGUGCUGUGCUGAAGUCGUUCUGGCUGUGUCCCAGUCAUCAGGGGCCUUGGAAAUCCCAGUUGUCUUGAGAGCACGUGAGCGGUGGGGUGUCUCCGGUGAGGCUGCUCGGAGUCCAGAAUCGUGACAGAGCGACUGGACGCACAGGUGGAGACGGUUGAGCUGCCACUCCGGGAGAUCUCAGUGAGUCCCGCACUUGGACUUGAGAACGUGUGCUGCAGUAUUCUCUGAUCAGUUUCUCUCCGAAAGCAACCAAAGUCAGUGAGCUUCCAGAGCAUUUGGCGUUCCGACAGGAGACGUCGCCCCUGGUUAGAAACAACACACCGGCCCUCACGCUUAGUCAUCUUCCUGAAAUCGUGGUCCAGUCUCAGAAUGCCCUGGCAGCCAUGAGGGGGUGGCAGCGGCCAUCCUACCCUGUGUGUGGUCUGCCGUAUGUUAAAAAUGGUUCUAACCCCAUGUUUCUAUCUCUACGAAUGGGGAAAGUGGGAUGUACAGAUCAAAGUAGAAUAUAGUGUUGGGAUAAAACAAAUAUUUACUCUUUUGUUUUAUUUUUUAAGCAAAGCACUCACUUUUCUACCUUGCUUUCUAACUUUCACUUCGUGGUAAUACCGAAGAUUGGAAGAUGUUUAAUGUUAGGACUCUUCAUUGCUAAAGAGCACUGAGGAAAUGGGAGCUAGCACUUAAAAAUAAAGACAAAUGUUUUCUCUCGAACGCAUAUAUGUGAUUGGGUUUUAAAAACCAGCAUUGUCUAUCCUCUCCAAACGAUCACAGGAAUCAGCUUGUUAAUAUAGUAGUUAGUAAGUUCCGUAUUUUAAGUCAGUAGAAUUCUAGGUCGGAUUGCAAGAAGUCCGCAUAGUUUAUAUUACAGACUGCGGACCCAGGCCCCAGGCUCGGCGGAGUGGCCGCAACUGCCUAAAUACCACCCAGCUGUACGCGGCCUCCACUCACCACCGCCUCACGCCGGCCGGUAUCGCGGGAGGCGCUUGCUGACUGGGGGCUAUGCUGUACCCGCUCGCUCCCUGCCACUUGUCACCCUUCUGGUUUUUAUUUUCUACCUUGCUAGUUUUACAUUCUAAUAACAUGCUGGAGUCUUAAAAGGCUGUAAGGGGAACCAUCUCCCUGCUCAGUCGACCACCUGUCCAGGAGGGGCUCGUGGGGCCUGAGUGGGGUCGACAGGUUUCCAGAGUGCAGGCGGUUCCCAAAGAACGAGUUGGGGACAGUUCAAAAGCCGUGGUUUCGGAAGAGGCGGAAUUGUUGAGAGGUCCCAAGGGUCUGGGUGCAAGGGAGCAUCUUUAAUCAACACUCGCAAUAUUCUAGAAAACCAUAUACUGUGCUGGUUGAGGCCAAAGGUCAAUGUUACUACACUAUUAACCGAAGGAGGGGCGCCACGGGUC